ACUAAACCAAUGUUGUUUUCACUCCGGAAAACAGUCGGAACAGUUAUUAAGAGCAGGCAUGAACUUUUAACUUCUUACUUUCUUGUGAGACUGCAGACUCAUUCAAGAUCCAAAAUCCUUCCAUAUUUGACAUGGGAGUAGACUAGACCCUCAAUAACUAUAUUACACUGGUUUCGUAAGCUUUGAAGAAAAGGUUUUUAUGUUAGGUUUAAUUUGAAAGAAUUGCAAUAUAAGUAAUACCUAAACUGAUAAAAUAUGCUAUCCCAAAAUUGGAAGAUAUUUUUGAAUGCUAAUCAGACUUCAGUUAUGACAAUUACCUUAUUUUGCUAAAAGAAAAAAACGCAGAUUUCGUCUGGUAUCGCGAGACUUUAGGGAUCAAGGCUAAGCUGCAAUAGUUAUCAACGUGCUAAAGAACGAACACACCAACUAAAACGCUUUCAAAUUCGACAAAUACAAGUGGUUAAACGGAAAACAUAAUUGCAAAAAGCUCAACACAGACCAUCAUAUUCUUCUAUGAUAACGAUGACCUGGCAUAGGUGAAGGUGGCUUUUUGAUCCCAUAUCUGAUCAUGCUGGUCCUGGAGGGUGUGCCUCUAUUCUACAUGGAGCUCGCUAUAGGCCAGAAGAUGCGUCUUGGCAGCAUCGGGGCGUGGUCUGCCAUUAGCCCCUAUCUAGGCGGCAUUGGCAUUGCCAGUGUCCUGACUUCCCUGUAUCUGUGUCUGUAUUACAACAUCCUCAACGCCUGGAGUUUCUGGUACCUCUUCAAUUCCUUUCAGUCCGUUCUGCCCUGGGCCGAGUGCCCGCUGAACGCCAACAUGACGGGCCCGGACGAGGAGUGCGAACGGGCGACGCCCACCCAGUACUUCUUCUACCGGCAGACCCUGAACAUCUCUGCGUCCAUCGACGAGACGGGCGGCAUGCACCUGGGGCAGGUGCUCUGCCUGCUGCUGGCCUGGGCCUUCACAUUCCUCUUCAUCCUCCGCGGAGUCAAGUCCACGGGAAAGGUGGUCUACUUUACUGCCACAUUUCCAUACGUCGUCCUCUUCAUCUACCUGAUCCGAGGGCUCACCCUGCAUGGAUCUGCCAACGGUAUCAAAUUCAUGUUCACCCCCAAGAUGGAGCAGCUUGCCGACCCCAGAACCUGGGUCAACGCCGCCACCCAGAUCUUCUACUCCCUAGGUCUGGGCUUCGGCUCUCUCAUAGCCUUCGCCAGCUACAAUGAAUACAACAACAACUUUGAGCGGCAGGCCAUUGUCGUGUCAAUGAUCAACAGUGGGACGUCCAUUUUUGCCUGUAUAGUCACCUUUGCUAUAUACGGCUUCAAGGCUACCGUCAACUAUGAGAGCUGCUUGGAAAGGACGCGGAUGCUGCUGCUGAAUACCUUCGACAUGGCGGAGGAGCUCAUCACUCUGGACAACGUUGGCGGGUGGCUGGAGACGCUGAACAGCACGUACCCGGAGCAGUUUGCCGACUUGUCGGACGUGUUGGAGGAGUGCGACCUGGAGGCUGAAUUGGGAAACGCCGUGGAGGGGGCCGGCCUGGCCUUCAUAGUGUACAGCGAGGGUAUAAAGAACAUGCCUCUCCCCCAGCUGUGGUCUGUGCUCUACUUCUUCAUGUUGCUCACCAUUGGCAUGGGCAGCAUGCUGGGCAAUGUCACCGCCAUCAUCACCCCUCUGAGAGACUUCAAGGUCGUGUCUCGUAACAUCAGCAUCGAGGCGCUCAGCGCCCUGGUUUGCGUGUUCUGUCUCCUGGUGGGGCUGAGCUUCACCACGCGCCAGGGAAACUACUGGUUCACCAUGUUCAACGACUACGCAGCCAGCUUCUCCCUCUUCUUCAUCGUCCUCGUGGAGGUCAUCAUCGUCAGUUACGUGUACGGGAUAACGAGGUUCGAAAAGGACGUCGAAGACAUGCUGGGUCGUAAGCCGAGCUGGUUAUGGAAAGUCCUCUUGGUCGCAGUCAGUCCGGCGCUGCUCCUGUGUCUGUUUAUCUUCUACAUCGUCGGCUACAUCCAGGGAGGAACGCCCACCUACAAAGCCUGGGACAAAGACCUGGGGCGUUCAGUGGUGAUGGAGUAUCCUGUCUAUGGCCAGGUCUUCAUUGGUCUGCUCCUGGUCUCCACCAUAAGUUGCAUCCCACUGAGUGCACUCUACACAUACUGCAGGCGCAGGGCCCGACCCGCGACACCGGAGCCGUCCCAGAUCGCUCUGAGGGAGCCUGAUGCCUGCCAGGAUAACUACACACCUGGCAGUGCCCUAGGGGCAGAGAAGGCCUGCGAGUCAACCCACAGCUCUGUGUUAGACCGGCCCGACUAUGACGAGUUGGGCAACAGAAUCGGAUAA